AUGAAGACUGUUACUCCCACCCUCCUCCAGCUGUGCCUGAUCGGCGGCGCCCUCGCGGUGCCGAUGCAGGACGGCAUGCAAGGCCAGGACGCCCAGGACAAGCAGAACGGCCAGGCCACGCAGAAUGGCCAGGACGGCAAGGACGACGCCGACUGGUGGUGGCCUCUCAUCAUCCCGCUCCCGAACAUCCUCCCCCCGGCCCUGACCAUCUCGAUCCCUCGCCCAACAGUCACAACCCCGGCGAUCACCGUCCCGAGCUCGCCCUCUAUUACCAUCCCGAGCCUGGGCCCCAUCUACAUCCCCGGCACGGGAACCAUCCAGAUCCCCGGGUUCCCACCCAUCACCAUCCCCGGGCUAGCCAUUCCCGACCAGGGAUCGUCUGGAGGCGACGGUGUUGCUGCAGAAGCCCAGAAGGUCUCGCGGGACAUGGCCGCCUCCAUUGCCCAGGAUAUGGCAGACCAGAACAUGGCGGGCCAGGAGAUUUCUUCCCAAGACAUGCACAUGCGCCGGGACGCUUCCAACAUGCAGGACCUCCCCAGCUUGGCCGCCACUGUUCAAAACAUGGCCAACCAGAUUGAGCAAAUUGUAAAGGACUCUGGCAACGAUGUCAACACUCUACUUGCCAACGUGGCCGGCCCCCUGGAGCAGUUCCACCAGACCCUCGUCAGCGUUGUCUCGCACCCCGACAUCACCAGCGUGCUGGGCAACAGCGACGCUCUCGGUCUCAGCCCUCUGAUUGACAGCGUCUCGACGGUGCUGCAGGCUCUUGUCCAGGUGGUGGAGAGUCUCCUGGCGCCCGGUGGUCUUCUCGGCGGCCUCCUCGGCAACAGCGGCGUCGGCGGCACCCUCGGCGGUGUCCUGGGCGCCCUCACCGGCACCGGCACUGGCGCCCCUGGGCUCCAGGGGGUCCUCAAAAGCAUUGCCGGCGUCACCAGCAUCGUGCCCAACCUUCUUAGGCCCCUACUGAGCGCCGCCGGCAGCAUCCUUCCCGGUGGACUGACCGGUCUUCUCGGCAAGAUCGGUCUCUAA